GAAUUGUCGAAUCGUCUGUCCUGCCGGACUGGAAGCGGCCACAACGCCAUGUUAACGAAGUCUCUCAUCUCCGUGGAAAAAUGAUUAGCUAGCUAUAGAAAAAUCAGUUGUUGAUAACAAAUGUUAAAUUAUCGAAGGAGGAAAGACACCGGUGACAGUGCUCGGAAGAACUGAACCGGAUCUGCAGAGGUCCUGGACGGGCAAGGGAGGCAAACCUCCCACCGUCCCCAUGAAUAACACCAUAGACCCGAACAGCGACUUUCCAUGAAAAAAAGCUUUUCUGCGUUGCUAAUAGCUAGCCCUGUCGGGAAAAGGAUUUGCGGCCUGCUUCAAUAAUAUUAAACGCUUGCUAGCUAUAUUUAUGCAAGCUAGAUAUAUUUUGUAUCAGUAUUUAUUAGUGUAUUGUUUUGUUUUUUUGCAAUGAGUUUGCCGACGAAAAUAGUCCCAAAACCCGCCACUGUCGCAGUAAGUGGACCUGGAGCUGUCCCGUCUCCGUCGAGCCAACUGCGGGCUACCCUGACCUCCGUGUCUUUACCACCGGGAGCCCCAGGUGCUCCUCAGUCGAACGCCGUGCCGCCACCUCAAAUUUUCCUUAAUAUGACGCGUCCCAGGAUCCCUCGGGUUCAGCCAUCCCUGGAUGACCGCAUCUUCCCCACACAGCCCGGCGUCACUGCCGUCUACAGCGUACCGAGGCAUCCUGGUCCUCCCUACACGGCUCAUGACAUCACAAAGGGACACCCUAACUUGGCGGGCACACCGCCAGGGCAUGCCCACUCACCGGCGCUCUCUCAGGUAUCAGUACCCACAGCUUCCCCAUAUCGCUACCCUAAGGGCUGGGAGGCAGGCGGAGGGUCUCCAUACACCACUGGACAGAAUGCUGGCUCCACACCUCUAGUGUAUUCUCCUCAGACCCAGCAAAUGAAUGCACAGCCACAGAGUCGCCCGUCAUCCAUGCCCAGCCCCAGCCCCAGCCCCCCUGUCAUAUGGAACCACCAGUUUGCGACGGGCCCUCGACCAACCCACCAUCAGGGAGGAUUCAGGCCCAUCCAGUUUUUCCAGAGGGCUCAGAUGCAGACAGCGCGGCCAACCAUCCCCACCAACACUUCAUCUCUGCGGCCCGGCUCUCAGAACCCCACAGCAGCGGUAUACCCCCCCAACCAGCCCACCAUGAUGAUGAUGGCCCCCAUGCCCUUCCCCUCCCCACAGGCUGCCCAGUACUACAUCCCACAGUAUCGCCACAGUACGCCCUAUGUGGGGCCGCCCCAGCCGUUUUCAGUGCAGCCGCCGGGGUCUGGCACCUUCUAUCCUGGCCCUGGGCCGGGGUACCCUGCUCAGUAUGCUCCCGGACCUCAAUUCUAUCCAGGACAGCAGGUGUACCCCCCCUCACCCCUCAUAGUGCCUACACCGCAGCAACCUCCACCAGCCAAGCGUGAGAAGAAACCAAUCCGUAUCCGUGACCCCAAUCAGGGAGGCAGGGACAUCACAGAGGAGAUCAUGGCAGGGGGCACAGGGAGCCGGAAUCCAACUCCCCCUGUCGGACGACCCUCCUCCACCCCCACCCCUCCGCAGCAGCAGCAGCCGAGCGGCAGCCAGACUCCGGAGCAGGGCCAAGGCCAGGCCCACCCAGCCUACAGCCUGGAGCCCCCCAAGCAGCAGCAGCCCACGCCUGGGGCUGCAGACAGCAAACCAGGGCCAGUAUAUGAUAAGCCAAAAUUGGAGCCGGUUAUCCGGAAGCCUUCCUCUCCCGGGAUUGGACAACCAGAACCUUCUAUGGCGUGGCGAGAGGCCAGUGCACCUGUAACUGCCCCAUCUCCCCCUGUAGAAAAAGAGCUUCCCUCUCCUGCCCCAGUGAUGGUGGCACCCAUCCCUGCCCCUCGUCCUGUUGCCAGCCCCAACCCCAUUGAGCAGCCCUCUGCAGUGGAGCCUGCUACUCCCACUCCCUCUGCAGCUGAGCCCAAGACCCUGCCUCCCACGACUCAUUCCCAGACCCCAAACACAGUGGAGCCUCUUCCAGAAGCCCCACACACCCUGGCUGCUUCCCCCACCCUAACCCCAAAAGCUUUGAAUGGCCAUGCUGACACUGGGGCUGAGCUGGACACCCAGGCCCAGGAGCCCUCCCCCCUUGAUCCCUCUCCCUCCCCACCCCAGCCCCAGGCUUCAACCCCGGCCUUCAGAGAAGACUGUAGUGAGGCUGUGCCCAGUGAGGUGAGAGCAGAGAUCCCCCCUGCUGUCACGGACUCUAUCGCACCCAUCACUGUAGUGCCAGUCACUCUGACCUCCAAACCUGCGCCUGCUUUUCCAGCACCCCCUGGCCUUCCACCACUAGUGCAGGCCACAGCGGAGGCCAGCAAGCCCGCCGACACUAAAGACGUCCCUCUCAAAGUAGGGACAGAGGCAUUCAUAACACCAGACAACAAGCCUGAACCACAGCUACAAGCCCUCUCCAGAAAGAGUCCCUCUACAGGAUGUCAGGCUGCUCCUGAUGCACCAAAGACCUGGAAGAAACCAAAUGAAGAGAGUCCUGUUGGAGAUGCCCAACAGAGGGAGACUGAGGAGGAGCUCAAGCCUUUGGAAGAGGCUGCUGGAGACCAGGCCCUGCCACCCGCCAGGAGCUGCAGCACCUCACCCCCACCCUCAGCAGCUCCCUCAGCCCUGGAGGCAGAGGAGAUGCCCCCAGCCCCUGAGGAAAACGGGGAGGCUGAGCCCAUGAGGAACGGAGCAGGACACACCUCGGAGACUGAGAGCAGUGACAGCGGGGCUACCCCUGGGGACAAUGAGGGCUCCACAGGAGCACCCCCAGACCUCUUCCAGGAAGAUCUGGAGACUAAUGGGAAGCGUCAAUACAAACGGGACUUCCUGCUGGGCUUUCAGUUCAUGGCUGCCUGUACACAGAAGCCAGACGGGCUGCCUCAGAUCAGUGACGUUGUGCUGGACAAGAUAAACCAAAACAAGCUGCCAACCCGGGCGGUAGAAUCCAGGGUGAUCUCCCGAGGCCCUGACUUCACACCGGCCUUUGCUGACUUUGGCAGACAGAUGAGUGGAGGACGCGGCGGAGCUGCAGUGAGUCACACUCACUCCCAGGCUCAUCAGAUGAUGAACAUGGGGGGGGGUGCCCGGCGGCCCCCGCCCAGGAAGAUUAUCCUGAACGUGUCAGCGAAUGAAGAGGUGCAACUGAAGAAGGCUGAGAAUGCCUGGAAACCCGGCAUGAAGAGGGCGGGGCCAUCAGAUGACCCUGAGGUCAUUACAACACAGGAGCUCUUCCGGAAGGUGCGCAGUAUCCUCAACAAACUGACGCCUCAGAUGUUCAACCAGCUGAUGAAGCAGGUGACAGACCUCACCAUCGACACGGAGGAGCGCCUCAAGGGCGUCAUCGACCUGGUCUUUGAGAAGGCCAUCGACGAGCCCGGCUUCUCUGUGGCCUACGGGAACAUGUGCCGCUGCCUCACCACGCUCAAAGUGCCCAUGACGGACAAACCCGGAACCACAGUGAACUUCCGCAAACUGCUGCUCAACCGUUGUCAGAAGGAGUUUGAGCGGGACAAGGUGGAUGAUGUGGUGUUUGAAAGGAAACAGAAGGAACUUGACUCUGCACAGUCCAGUGAUCAAGAGAGACUACGGUUAGAGCUGGAGGAGGCCAAGGACAAGGCCCGCCGGCGCUCCAUAGGGAACAUCAAGUUCAUCGGGGAGCUGUUCAAGCUCAAGAUGCUGACAGAGGCCAUCAUGCACGACUGCGUGGUCAAGCUGCUGAAGAACCAUGACGAGGAAUCGCUGGAGUGCCUUUGCAGGCUGCUCACCACCAUCGGCAAGGACCUGGACUUUGAGAAGGCCAAGCCUCGCAUGGAUCAGUAUUUCAACCAGAUGGAGAAAAUUGUUAAGGAGCGGAAGACAUCGUCUCGGAUACGGUUUAUGCUGCAGGACGUGAUAGACCUCCGAUUGCACAACUGGGUGUCCAGGAGAGCUGACCAGGGCCCUAAGACCAUUGAGCAGAUCCACAAAGAGGCCAAGAUUGAGGAGCAGGAGGAGCAGAGGAAGGUGCACCAGCAGCUGCUCUCCAAGGACACCAAGAGAAGGCCAGAGCAACAACAGCAGCAGAGAGAACAGCAAAGGGAGCAGCAGAGGGAGCAGCGUGUGCAACAGAGAGACGAGACCUGGAACACUGUGCCCAUGACCAAGAACAGCAGGACAAUCGACCCCACCAAGAUCCCCAAGAUCUCCAAGCCUCAGAUGGAUGAGAAGAUCCAACUAGGACCACGAGCCUCACUCAACUGGAUGAAGGGCAGCAGCGGAGGGGCCAAGGCCAGUGACUCCGAAUUAUCCCGGUCUGGUGGUGGUGGUGCCAGUUUAAACCGGUACUCUGCACUCCAGUCCACUCAAUCUCAUCAAACCACCCCACCGGCACAGAACCUAGAGUAUGACACUAGAAGAACCUUGGGCAGUCGAAGCAGUGCAGGGAGAGAGCGAAGUGAGAAGCCCCUGAGCCCAGCUCCGUCGAGGCCCGGUUCCUUCGUCCGAGGCGGGAGUGCCAAGGAGCUUCUGGAGAGCCCGGCCCUGAGCCCUGAGGAGCCCCGCAGAGAGCUGGAGAGCCCCAGCGUAAGCGAGGACAAGACUGAGCGAAGCAGUGCCAGGGAGCCUGUGAAAGCAGAGCCUGUGGUGGCCCAGUCUCCAGACAGACCUGCCCUCUCUGAGGAGGAGAUGGAGAGGAAGUCCAGAGCUAUCAUUGACGAGUUCUUGCACAUCAACGAUUAUAAGGAGGCUGUGCAGUGUGUGGAUGAGCUGGACAUGUCCUCUCAGCUCCAUGUGUUUGUGCGUGUGGGGGUGGAGUCCACUCUGGAGCGCAGUCAGAUCACACGGGACCACAUGGGCAAGCUCCUCUUCCAGUUGGUGCAGCAGGACAUCCUGGCCAGGUCCCAAUUCUUCAAAGGGUUUGCUGACACCCUUGAGCUGGCGGAUGACAUGGCCAUUGACAUUCCCCAUAUCUGGCUGUAUCUGGCCGAGCUGCUCAGCCCUGUGCUGAGAGACAGGGGCUUCUCUAUGAGAGAGCUCUUUAGUGAAUUAAGCAAACCUUUACUUCCUGUGGGAAGAGCUGGGAUCUUAUUUUCUGAAAUACUGCACAUACUAUGCAAACAAAUGAGCCAUAGGAAAGUGGGCACCUUGUGGAGAGAGUCGGGCCUCAGCUGGAGUGACUUCUUGCCAGAGGGAGAGGAUGUCCAGGAUUUCAUCUCAGAGCAGAAGCUCCAGUUCACUGAGGCAGACUGCUCCAGCCAUGAGGCAGCCCUCGCCACGACAGCACUGUCCCUUGUGGUGCUCAACCAGCAGCUAGAGAGACUGCUGCUGGAGGACAUGGCCAGUGAUGAGCAGAUCUUUGACUGGGUAGAGGCAAAUCUAGAUGAAUCUCAGAUGAGCUCCUCUCCGUUCCUGAGAGCUCUGAUGACGGCUGUGUGUAAGGCAGCGGUGAAAGAUGAAAGUGCUUCCUGUCGAGUGGACGUAGCCAUCAUUCAGAGGAGAUUGCCCGUAUUACUCAAGUACCUUAACUCAGACACUGAGCGACAGCUUCAAGCACUUUAUGCACUGCAGGCGCUGAUAGUCACUUUGGAUCAGCCUCCUAACCUGCUCCGGAUGUUCUUCGAUUGUCUGUAUGAUGAGGACGUCAUCUCGGAGGACGCUUUUUACAAGUGGGAGACCAGCAAAGACCCAGCAGAGGAGCUGGGCAAGGGUGUGGCUCUCAAGUCUGUAACGGCUUUCUUCACUUGGCUGAGGGAAGCCGAGGAGGAGUCUGAGGAUAAUUGACAAGGGAGCAGGCGGCCGCUGUAAGCCCCCAGGACAAGAGGCCAGCUGUUGCUAAAUAGAAUAACUGCAUCUUCAUAGCAAAACAAACAGACAAACCUACAAAAUGAGCGCGGGCAGGACGACAUGUUUACGGCUGGAAUUUUUUCUGCGGUACGGUUCUGAGACAAUUUUGAGUUUGAAUUCCAACGGCUGAAGCACUAAAUACCUGUAUUAUACAUAGAAAAUAUUUUUGUUUUAAAUUUUAACUUUUCUUUUGUUACUUUUUAAGAAGAGACUUAAAGAUACAUAGGUUCCAGACUCUUUAAUUUAUUAUUUUUUUAAAGGACUGCAAAUAUGGAAGUUUAUUUAACAUUUGCAGAUGCUCAUAAUGAGGAAAACAUUGAUGACGAAUAGAAAUAACAAUAUUAUUAAUUAUAAUAACAAUAAUAAUAAUAAUUGUGAAAUAAAUAGCCUCCCUGGAUUCCAUGUUUGGUUGAAAACAGGGUAAAAAGUUAUUUUGGGAUGAAGGGGAAGGCAGAGAAAGGGUGGAUGCACAGAGACAAUUGACAUUGUAAGACAUCAGAGGUCAAAGGUUAUCAUUAAAUAACCACAGGAAGUGCACUCUGUGAUAUGUACAUAAACCUCCCAAGAGGAAGAGAUAUGCAUUCAAAAAGCAAUGCAAAUCUGUCCACAAAAUAACAUUUAAAUGAACGUGAAUAAACAACAAUGAACCAUGGAUAAAAUGCAAGAUUAAAAAGAAAAUGCCAAGGUUGCUGAACAUGAAGUGCUUGUAAUACUUAAGACCUACCGAGCAAAUGAAAAGCUUGUAAAUACAUUAAAGACAAAAAAAGUAUUUAAAAAAUAUUGCAAA